AUGAAUGAUACUGAAUAUUCAACUGAAUCCAACAACACUACUAAUGACGUGGCUGUUUCAGUUUUCAAUAAACAAAUCAAGUCCAUCCUGAAGAUUUCUCUUGUUUUGCUGCUGUUUAUUAUGACCAACUAUAUAAAUGGAUUGCUUAUUGCAGUUUUUUUUAAACACAAUGUAUUCCAUGAAAAUUCCCGUUACAUUUUGUUUAUUCACAUGGUCUUCAAUGAUGUGCUGGAUAUUUGCACUGUACUCAUCUUACACAUUUGGGUUGAGACUCUUCACAUGAUGCCAGUGUCACUUUGCUAUUUUCUUAUGUCUGUAGCGAUCACCACAACUUACAACACUCCUUUGAACUUGGCACUGAUGGCUAUCGAACGCUACAUUGCUAUUUGCAGACCUCUGCACCACCCAAAAAUCUGUACACUUCACAGAACAUACAUUAUCCUGAUCAUGAUGUGGCUGAUCAGUUUUAUUUCUCCAGCAUCCGACAUUCUGUUUGUCUUUACUGUAGAGCCUCUGAGUUUCUUCAGUACCAAAACUAUAUGUGAAACUGACAGUUUACUUCGAACUGAAGCUCAGACUAUGAAAAGGGAUUACAUGAGCAUUGGCUAUUUCUUGGUUGCCUGGAUUGUAGUGGCCCUCACAUACAUUAAUAUUGUCCUUGCAGCACGAUCAGCCAGUCGUGCUGAAAAAUCACCUGCUAAGAAGGCCUACAAUACAAUACUAUUGCAUGCCAUACAGCUCACUCUGAGUACAUUCAUGUUUCUCGUUCCAGUUGUUAACAAUUUAUGGCUAUAUUUUCAAAAACAAGAAUCACAAGAUGUUCAAUAUGUCUCAUAUGUAUCAAUAGUUAUGUUUCCACGUCUUUUGAGUCCUCUUAUUUAUGGAGUAAGAGAGGAAAACUUCAAAAAAUAUCUGAAAGAAUAUUUGCAGUGUUGGAAAUUUGCCAAAAAUUCUUGA